AUGAAAUCGCUGCUGGUAUGUUUGCUGCUUUGUCUGUCUGUGGCGAUAACCCUGGGCGACCUCACCUGUGACUGCGGGAAGAGGAACACUGGCAGGAUCAUUGGAGGGAAAGUCGUCCGGAAGAACGAGUACCCUUGGGUCGUCUCCCUUAACGAAGGAUGCGGAGGUUCACUCAUCACCCACUGGCACGUCCUCACCGCAGCUCACUGCACCUACGGGAUGUCCUCUUCCGAUCUAACGGUCACCGUUGGAAGUCAUUACCAAGUAGGAAUAAACUGGCACAGUAAAACUUACAAAGUAGCGCAGAUAAUUCAACACAAAGGAUACAGGGAUGAGGAUAGCAGUGUUGCCGACGACAUUGCGGUCCUGGUUACGCAAAAAAAAAUUAACUUCGACAAUUAUGUCUCUCCAGUUUGUCUUCCAAACAGGAAAAUAAAUCUCGUCGGCGAAUACAUCAAAGUCAUAGGCUGGGGAUUGACCAAAAACAACGAAGUAUUAGGCCUUGCCAAUCGUCUCCGAGAAGUCGAUCUCCAAGUUAUCGAUCCAAAUGUUUGCAGAAAAUCAUGGUCAUUGCUGAAACAAAAUAUUCAGAUUUGCACUUACACAUCCAAAAAGGAUUCUUGCAGGGGUGACUCUGGUGGUCCAUUGGUUUAUCUUGACCCAGAAAGUAACAGAUAUACUCAGGUCGCGUUGGUCUCUUAUGGUGACAAAGAGUGUGCCAGUUUGAAACCCGCCGUGAACACGGAUGUUUAUGCUUACCGUAACUGGAUCAAUGAUGCUGUCAAAUCAACGCAUCCGGAGGAAAAUACUUGUGUGAAGGUUUAA